AGUGUACUGUUCUACCCACUGCCAAAGUGACUGUUCAGGGGUCUAAGGGAGCUGUGGAAGCUACAUUGCUGUUUGACUCUGGAUCUGAUCGUACAUAUGUGACUGAGUCGUUGGUGAAACGUGUUGGUGCUCAGUGGCUGACCUCCCAGAGUGUGAACUUUGCUGCCUUCGGUGGUGGCAAAGCCUCUCGAGGUCAACGUGAUGUGUACAAGAUGUGUGUCAAAGGCAUUUCUGCAUCUGAUUGUGACAUGAAGGUGUUCCCAGCUGUGGCCGUGCCGGUGAUCUGUGCACCCUUGUCUCGUCCAACUGUGCCUGAUGUGUGUGUACUCGAGUUCAAGGAGCUGACGUUAGCUGACGGUGACUUCAGCAGGGACCUGUGUGUUGACAUUUUGGUUGGCCUUGACUGCUACUGGAGUUUGCUCAGGUCAAGUGUCUUGAUUGGUUCCUCUGGUCUUGUCGCCCAGAACUCCUGCUUUGGCUGGGUCGUCUCUGGUGCAGUGACCGAUGCGCAGUGCAGCGCCAGCCUGGUCUCCUGUCGCCUCCUCUGUCUGGGCGACCUGAGGGACACAGAGACCAGCUGUACGAGUCUGACCUCUGGUUCGGCGGACCUGCAUGGCUAAGGGCGCCACGAGUCUCGCCCGUCGACUGCAGGUUGUUUGUGACAACCGAGGAGCUGGCCGAGUCGGACACGGGCGAACGGGAGACCGCCACUGGUGAGCCGAAGUGCUCUGGUGAGCGCUUGCCAGGUCAGUGUGACGUGAUUGGCGCGGAGUCGUCACCGGCGGUGGCUCUUACUCUGGAGUCUCGCCCCGACUCGCCUACUUGCGGGAAUGUGUUCACUGUUGAGCGAUGGAGCACGUUGACGAAGGCCGUACGGGUAGCGGCGUGGGCGAGGCGUUUUGUGUGGAACGCGCGCCACCCUGACAGCCGCAACCUGUCACCUGAACUUUCGUACCGAGAGCUGUGUGU